AGACCCAACCAAUGUGUGUUUGGACAGCAUGCUGGUGCUUGGUGCUUCGAUCCGUUAUCAGGUCAGACUCACGUACAUUGCUGUCUACAAUACUCAGUUACUCACUAGUCCACGGUCGCGGCCGUUAGUUCAAGGACUGCUUGCUCACACUACGGAUAGAACCGGCUUCCGCUUACACAGAAACAUUUGACUGAAGAAAAUGACUAUCAACAGGAGAAUACGAUUGAGAAUUAUGAGCUGUAUAUUAUGGAUGAUAUUAUUCUUUACGGAAGUUUGUCAGGCCGGACCCUUCGCCAUUUUGAAACCACUCAGGCAAACGAGAGAGACUAACUUAUUCAAUUUCAUGAGGUUGAUGGUGAUAAGACUUAUUUACGGCGUAGCAAAAAUGAUGGGAUUCGAAGAGGGUAUUUCAGAGUUCGCGAAUGGGGCGUUGGUUCCGCCCGGUGUCGAGGACAAUGACGACUAUGGUUUCGGAUUUGGAGAGAGAGACGAUGAUUAUAACGACGAUUAUGAUGACUAUAAGUAGCCUAAACCGAUCACCUUUAAAUUCCAAUUUAAGUUACUAUGAUGCCAAAAUCUGUAUACUAUAUAAUUUCGUGUGGAUUGACAUACACUGCUCAAGAGUACCAAUCACUGAUUGAUUUUCAAGAACGUGAUCUAUUGUUGCUCCUCAAUUAUUUAUUUAUUUUCGUACUCAGACUGAUAGUGGAGAAGUUAAGACAAGAGAAAUAUUGUUUACCAGAUAUUUAUAUUUCCAUUUGAAACAUGAGAAUCGAGCUGUAUUUAUUUUUAAAAUAUUGUUUUUUGUGAAUUUGUACAAAAUAAAUAUACAUGUAAAUAGCUCUCU